UGUAGAAUAAUGUUCGGUAUUUCAAUUUUUCUAGAUUAAAUUUGGUUUUUGAUUGUAAUUUCGCUCACUCGCUACUGAUGCCAAUCAGAAAAAGUGACAACUCCGAAUCUCGAUAAGCAGAGUAACAACAACCAUCAAUAAUUAUUAAAGACUCGAUCCGACCAUCAAAUCGUCAAUAAUUGUCAAACAUGCGAUUUAAUCUACUUAUUCCUUCGCUAUUCGCAUGUGUAUUCCAAAGCACAUGUCUACUCGUAUCCGGAGCUCUUAGCGGAGAAUUCGAUCUAAAAAUGGUUGGAAAAGGAGAUACUCCGCCUUAUAAAAAAUUAAAGGAUCUCGUAAUGGUGGGCAACAAUACAGUACCAGCUGCUAGACACCAUAUCAUUCCGAGAAAUCGUAUUAGAGAAUUUUAUAAUAAAGCAGUCGCCGAAAACCAAAUGAAAAAUCUACGUCUUUUUUUAACCGAUUAUAAAAAACAAUUCAAACAGCUUUACGCAGAAAGCUGUGGAAAAUAUAAAGAGGCGAUCGAAAGUAUCGAAGAAUUGGUCGAUGGAUUAAUUGCGGGCACCGUGGUUCACAAAGAUAAAAGCCCGAGACCGAAAAAUUACUCAUUUUUUGUGGCCUUGUACACGUGGCUGCCGGGAAACUUAUUCGAAGGACCGGAUACAGGAUAUCGUGCAUAUGAUCCCAACGAAGAAUUUGAAUAUAAAUCAGAACGAAUCAUCGGAGAGGACGAUUUCAAACUUAGGUUCGAGAUAAAUAAGGAGAUGAAGGAGUAUAUCAGCCAAGGCAAAGCAGAUUUCGGCAAAGUAGAUGCAAACUUGCAACGUAUGUUGACUACGAGAAAAGGUCAUCCAAUCGCCGAGUUGGAUGCGUACCCUUUCAAUAAAGACGAUUGGAUUGCGGCUCACAAAAAAGGAAAAUAUAAAAUAAAAGUUUGAGGAGUGCAUUUUUCAUUUGUGUUUUGAUCGGUGAUCAUAAAUUAUAUCUUGUGUGUACUUAAUGAAUUUCUUUCAUUUUUAUAGGUAACUUACAUAUUAUUGGUGUUCUAUUAGAUAUCAUUUUCAUCAUUAGGCCUACCUAUUGAUUAUUGAAUUAAAUGUUCGUACCUAUAUGAAUAUACUCGAUGAAUAUUUAUUUAAUCAAGACGCUUAUCUCAUCCAUUCUGAAUUUUUUAAAAUUUAUUUUUCAUUUUG